GUCUGGAAGAUGGGGAGGGGAAGGCUGGGAAGGUCUUCUAAUAACAAUCUUCCAGCACCAGGAGGCGGCCCUGCAGACAGAACAAAGAAAAUACCGGGACUUGAACGGUCUACUCCCAGGGAUCCAGGUUAGACAUCAGGAAAAACAGAGAGACAGUUUCUUAGAAAGCGAGCUCGGACGGUAUGCAAAGUUGUGAAACCUCUGGUGACAGUGCGGAUGACCCUCUCAGUCGCGGCUUGCGGAGAAGGAGACAACCUCGAGUGGUCGUGAUUGGCGCUGGCCUGGCUGGUCUGGCCGCCACCAAAGCCCUCCUGGAGCACGGCUUCACGGAUGUCAUAGUGCUCGAGGCAUCAGACCGCAUCGGAGGUCGAGUGCAGAGCGUGAAACUUGAACACGCCACCUUUGAACUGGGAGCUACCUGGAUCCAUGGUUCCCAUGGAAACCCCGUCUACCAUCUAGCAGAAGAAAAUGGCUUGUUGGAAGAGACAACUGACGCGGAGCGCAGUGUGGGCCGCAUCAGCCUCUACUCCAAGAAUGGCGUGGCCUACUACCUCACCAAUCGUGGCCAAAGAAUCCCUAAGGACGUGGUUGAGGAAUUCAGCGAUUUAUACAACGAGGUCUAUAACCUGACCCAGGAGUUCUUCCAGCGAGGUAAACCAGUCAAUGCUGAGAGUCAGAACAGUGUGGGUGUCUUCACCCGAGAAGAAGUGCGAAACCGCAUCAAAGCCGACCCAGAUGACUCAGAGUCCACCAAACGCCUGAAGCUUGCCAUGAUCCAGCAGUAUCUGAAGGUGGAGAGCUGUGAGAGUAGCUCCCACAGCAUGGAUGAGGUGUCCCUCAGCGCCUUCGGAGAGUGGACGGAGAUUCCGGGAGCACACCACGUCAUCCCCUCUGGCUUCAUGCGCAUCGUCGAGCUGCUGGCACAGGACAUCCCGGAGCGCGUCAUCCAGCUGGGCAAGGCCGUCCGCUGCGUGCACUGGGACCAGGCGGCAGCUCGACGUGGGGGCCCCGAGAUCGAGCAGCUGGCCGACCACAAUAACGACACCCCCGACGAAGGCGGGGAAGACCCCGGGGAGGACAGGAGUGAAGGAAGAGAAGAGGAGGGCAGCCAGUGGCCAGCGGCUGUGGAGUGCGAGGAUUGCGAGGUGAUCCCAGCUGAUCACGUGAUCGUGACCGUGUCCCUGGGCGUCCUGAAGAAGCAUCAUUCCACCCUCUUCAGGCCCGGGCUUCCCUCAGAGAAGGCGGGAGCCAUCCGCCGCCUGGGCAUUGGCACCACCGACAAGAUCUUCCUGGAGUUCGAAGAGCCCUUCUGGGGGGCCGAAUGCAACAGCCUCCAGUUCGUGUGGGAGGACGAAGCUGAGAGCCGGAGCCUCACCUACCCCGAGGAGCUGUGGUACCGCAAGAUCUGUGGCUUUGACGUCCUCUACCCCCCGGAACGCUACGGCCACGUGCUGAGUGGCUGGAUCUGCGGGGAGGAGGCCCUCGUCAUGGAAAAGUGUGACGACGAGGCCGUGGCCGAGAUCUGCACCGAGAUGCUUCGGAAGUUCACAGGGAACCCUGACAUUCCGAAGCCUCGCCGGAUCCUCCGCUCCUCCUGGGGCAGUAACCCCCACUUCCGGGGCUCCUAUUCCUACACCCAAGUGGGCUCAAGUGGGGCUGAUGUGGAGAGACUGGCCAAGCCACUGCCUUAUACAGAGAGCUCUAAGACAGCGCCCAUGCAGGUCCUGUUUUCUGGGGAGGCCACACACCGAAAAUACUAUUCCACCACUCAUGGCGCCCUGCUCUCUGGCCAGCGGGAGGCAGCCCGCCUCAUUGAGAUGUACCAAGACCUUUUCCAUCGUGAGACCUGAGAGGCUUCUGGGCUCAGAGAGCCCGUGACUCGGGACCCCCUUCCCCAGGGCCUCUCAUUCUGCAAGGCCCAUGGGAUUAUUUUUUCUGAUCCUGAGAAGAAUUAAUUUUUUAUCUUUUUUUAAUAUGCAGAAGCCUCAACUGAUUUUACCCAGGGCAUCCCUUGUAGCUUUCUUACAUACUGUACUGUACCUUCUAACAGGGCUGGGGUGGGGAAUCCGCUUCUAACCCCUUGGACUUAAUCUCUGUGCACCCUUCUGAUUGGAUUUCUUGGUGCCUCUCAGUUCUUCUCUCCUUUUCCCUUGCUCUGUAUUGUAAGUGCCUUCGAUACUUUUGGAAUAAAAGAGGUAUCUGACCCUUUCUCAGUC